ACCCGCCGGUGCCGGCCGGAUGGAGCAGGCGGCGGAGCCGGUGCCCGGGGCCGGGCGGCUGUGCCGGUGCGCGGCGCGGGGGCUGGGGGUGCCGGCGGAGCGCUGGGAGCGCUGGGCGGGCGGGGAGGCGGCGGGGCCGCUGCUGCGGAGGUUCCUGGCGGGGGCGGCGGGGUCCGCGCUGCUGCUCUGGCGGGGCCCGGCCGGGGAGCUGGAGCUGGGGCCGCCCCCGCCGCCCCCCGCUGGCCGCCGCAAGGGGCUGUUCUUCCUGCGGGCCCCCGGCGCCGGCCCCGGGGAGCUGCUCUGCGGGGACCUGCCCGCCGAUGCCCUGCGGCACUUUGCCGCCCUCGUGGAGGAGGUGAUUGUGCCCAUCCUGACGAACAAGAAGAACCAUCAGGGCUGGCCACAAGUGGUGUCACAAGACAUCGUGCGUCAUGUCCACAACCUCAAAAGUACCGUUUUCACAGUUGUUGGCCAAGUAGACGGCAAGACCUUGCUGCCUCUCCCAGCUGGCUCAGAGGGAAUCGAGGACAUUGAUCUGGAAAAUGAGAAAUCCAUGGAACGGAUAGAUAGAUCUCUGGUGUAUGCCAUGGAGUCGGCCAUCAUAGACUGGAGCCACCAGAUCCAGGAGGCACUGAAGAAAGAGUCUUCAGAGCCUCUCCUGCAAGGCAGCAAUCCGAACCCGAAGGUGGAACUGGAGUUCUGGAAGAACAGGUGUGAUGACCUGGAGUGCAUUUACAACCAGCUGACAACGAGGAAGGUCAGGAACAUGAUGGAGCUGCUGGAGAGAGUUGAGAGCAGCUACAUCCCAGCCUUCAAAACCAUGCUGAUGGAUGUAGAGGCAGCUUUGACCGAAGCUCAGGACGUUCGCCUGCACCUGAUGCCCCUCAAGUGCCGCUUGGAAGACAUAGAGAGGGUUGAGUUCAGUGAGGUGAAGCCUUUCCUGCUCCCGCUGCUCCACGUGGUGUGUUUGAUCUGGGUCACCUCCAAGCACUACAACAUGCCCGUGCGGAUAGUGGUGCUGCUCCAGGAGAUCUGCAACCUUCUCAUUGAGCAGGCCCUGGUGUACCUGUCUCCAGAAGACCUUCUGAAAGGGGACAUGGAGGAGAGCCUGGGCAAGGUGCGAAUGGUGCUCGGUAUCCUGAACACGUUCAAAGAGGCGUUUGAGGAGAGAAGGGAAAAGCUGCACACGUAUUAUGAACCAGGCCAAGAAGUGAGGGAGUGGGACUUCAGCUCCACGAUGGUGUUUGUGAGGCUGGACACCUUCCUGAAGAGACUGGAGAUGGUGGAGGAUCUCCUGGCAACUGCCUUGGACCUGAUGAAGCUGGAGAAAAUUGAAUUCAGUGGGAUUAAAGGGAAGACCCUGGGCCAGCAGGUCCUGGACAUGUAUGAGGAAUUCCAGGAGGCGUACAAGCUGUUUUCAGAGCGAACCUACGACUGUCUUGACCUGACCAACAUGGACUUUGAGCAGGACGCCUUUGGUUUCCAGCAGAAAGUAGAAGACAUCGACCGUCGGCUGGGCACUGUUUUCAUCCAGGCUUUUGAUGAUGCCUCAGACUUGGAGCAUGCCUUCAAGCUGCUGGACAUGUUCGGGAGCCUUUUGGAGCGACCGGUAAUCGCUGCAGAUGCUGCUGACAAAUACUCCGUCCUCAUCAGCAUGUUCAGCAGGGCCCUGGACCACGCCAGGCUGAUCUACUCCCGGCACAUCCAGACAGAGCUGAAGCUUGGAUCCCCCCCCGUGCACAAGAACAUGCCGCCGGUGGCUGGAGCGCUGUGCUGGGCGCGGGAGCUGCGAGCGCGAAUCCAGGUGCCGUUUGAUCACUUCAGGCGCAUCCCACAUCUCUGCUUGGACUCUGCUCAAGGAAGAAGGGUGAUAGAGAAGUAUGAAGAAAUGAUCCAGCUGCUUGACAGGUAUCAGGAGAAGCUCUAUGCAGACUGGUCUCAAACAGUCUCUGAAAAAUCACAGUACAACCUUACUCAACCGCUUAUCCGGCGAGAUCCAGAAACCAAACUGAUCACAGUUAAUUUUGAUCCCCAGCUGGUUUUGGUGCUGAGGGAGGUGAGCUACCUGUCUGGCAGCCGGCUGGGAGCCAUCCCACCCACUGCAGCAGAAAUCUAUUCCUCCAAGGAGUCAUACCGGCAGUUGGCGGCCAACUUGGAGCUGAUGGUGAAUAGAUACAACAAGGUCCUGAAGACAGUCCUGGAGGUUGAAUACCCUCUCAUACAGGAGCAGCUGUGGGAUAUUAACUUAAAGCUGAAGAAGGCAGAAGAAACACUGAACUGGAAGAUGGAGGGUGUCUGGGAUCACAUCUCCAUGGUGAUGGAUGAUGUCCAUGACCUCGAGCAGAGGAUACAGAAAGCCAAAAACAAUGUUGAGGAGAUACAGACCAUUGUAGGAUCGUGGGCGUCGCCCAUAUUUGUGAGGAGAGAUUAUAAAACGGAAUCGCUGCUGAGCCUGGAGGACUGUCAGGACCGCCUGGAACGGCGUUACAGCCUUGUCCGAGAGUCAGGGCAGAGGAUUCAUCUGCUGGUGAAGGAAAACCGGAGCCUCUUACUUGCAGACCCAGCAUCUGACAUCUGGAAGGCCUAUGUGGAUUACGUGGAUGAGAUAGUUCUGGAUGGAUUCUUCACUGCCAUUGAGUGCUCGCUCAAGUACCUCCUGGAAAACACAGAUCCCAAGGCAGGGCUUGCUCCCCUAUUUGAGGUGCAGCUGGAUUUGGUGAUUCCAGAUUUGAUAUUUCAACCCUCCUUGGACCCUGGCACAAACGAUGGCUUCUACGACAUGGUGGAAGGUCUUCUCAACGACAUCUACCGGAUCUCAUCGCUGGUGCCCAGGCUGGCUGAGCACAGCGGCUUCCUCCACUACCAGGCUGACAUGGAGGACAUGGCUGACCUGGCUGACAUGCGCCGUGAGCUGAUGGGGCGUGUGCAGGCCGUGAUGACGGCCUGCUGCGAUUACCGCAGUGCCUUCGACCACUACUCCUACCUGUAUGGGGAGGACAGAAAGGAGUUCUUCCGCCAGUUCCUCCUCUACGGGCACAUCCUCACUGCAGCAGAAAUCGAGGCCCAUGCAGAGAACGGGGUCCCUGAGUCGCCUCCCACACUGCAGCAGUUCCGAGAGCAGAUCGACUCCUAUGAGAAGAUCUAUGAGGAGGUGAAUCGCAUCGAGCCCAUCAGCAUUUUCCAGAGUUGGAUGAAAGUUGAUGCUCGGCCUUUCAAAGCGUCCCUGCUGAAUGUGAUUAAGCGGUGGAGCUUGGUAUUCAAGCAGCAUCUCAUGGACCACGUCAUGCACAGCUUGUCUGACCUGGACGAGUUCAUAAAAACUUCUGACAAAGGUUUGAGCAAAAAGGUUGAAAAAGGUGAUUAUGAUGGUUUGGUGGAGAUCAUGGGGCACCUCCUGGCUGUUAAGGAAAGGCACAGUGUCACCGAUGCCAUGUUCGAGCCCCUGAAGCAAACCGUUGAACUGCUGAAGACGUAUGAGCAAGAGCUGCCGGAGGAAGUCUACAAGCAACUGGAGGAGCUGCCAGAAAAAUGGAACAAUAUAAAGAAGCUGGCGAUAGCUGUGAAACAGCAUGUGGCUCCUCUGCAGGCGAACGAAAUGACAAUUCUGCGCAAGAGCUGUGCGGCGUUUGAUGUUGGGCAGCACAGAUUCAGAGAGCGAUUUCGGAAAGAAGCACCAUUCAGGUUUGACACCAAAAAGCCUUAUCAACUGCUGGAUACAAAGCACAUUGAGAUUAAACAAAUGGAGUCAGCCAUGACCUCGAUUUAUGAAUCAGCUGGUCUGUUUGAAGUCAUGGUACCAGAUUAUAAACAACUGAAGCAGUGCCGAAAGGAGCUGUGUCUUCUCAAAGAGCUCUGGGAUAUGAUCUCCCUUGUGGGCACUUGCCUUGAUGACUGGCAGACCACCAAAUGGGUGGAUAUUAACGUGGAAAACAUGGAUCUGGAGUGUAAAAAGUUUGCAAGAGAGAUUCGGAAUUUAGAUAAGGAGGUGAGGGCGUGGGAUACUUUCAGUGGGCUGGACAGCAAGGUGAAGAACAUGCUGACGGCCCUGAAAGCUGUGGCAGAACUUCAAAAUCCCGCCAUUAGAGAAAGGCACUGGAAUCAGCUGAUGCAGGUGACGGGUGUGAGGUUUGUGAUGGACUCGGACACCACGCUGGCUGACCUCCUGAAGCUCAACCUCCAUAACUUUGAGGAUGAGGUUCGUGGCAUUGUGGACAAAGCAGUACGAGAAAUGAGUAUGGAGAAAGUCCUGAAGGAGCUGAAAAUGACUUGGAGCACCAUGGAGUUUCAGUAUGAGCCUCACCCCCAGACAAACAUCCCGUUGCUGAAGUCAGACGAGGAACUCAUAGAAACUUUAGAAGACAACCAGGUGCAGCUGCAGAAUUUAAUGACAUCCAAAUAUAUUGCUUUCUUCUUGGAGGAAGUGUCCAUAUGGCAGAGGAAGCUGUCCACCACGGAUUCCGUCAUUUCUCUCUGGUUUGAAGUGCAGCAUACCUGGUCUCACUUGGAGAGCAUAUUCAUAGGCUCAGAAGAUAUACGGGCACAGCUUCCUGAGGACUCCAAACGCUUCGAAGGGAUUGAUGUGGACUUUAAAGAACUGGCCUAUGAAGCUCAGAAAACCCCAAAUGUAGUUGAGGCCACCAAUAAGCCAGGUCUGUCCCAACAACUGGAGGACAUUCAGAGUAGGCUGUCCCUGUGUGAGAAGGCUUUGGCUGAAUAUUUGGACAUGAAAAGGUUGGCCUUUCCCAGAUUUUACUUUGUUUCUUCAGCAGAUUUAUUGGAUAUUCUUUCCAAUGGCACCAACCCGCAGCUGGUGCAACGUCAUCUUUCCAAACUCUUUGACAGCUUGGCCAGGAUGAAAUUCCAACUGGACUCUGAGCAAAAGCCAACCAAGGUUGGCCUGGGAAUGUACAGUAGAGAGGAGGAAUACGUCAGCUUCAGCGAGCCCUGUGACUGCAGUGGGCAGGUUGAAGUCUGGCUCAGUCAUGUACUAGACAGCAUGAGGGCUACUGUGAGAGAUGAGAUGACAGAAGCCGUAAUGGCUUAUGAUGAAAAACCAAGGGAACAAUGGCUCUUUGACUAUCCUGCCCAGGUGGCUCUUUGCUGCACCCAGAUCUGGUGGACAACCGAGGUUGGGAUUGCCUUUGCCAGGGUGGAGGAAGGCUACGAGAAUGCGAUGAAGGAAUAUCACAAGAAGCAAGUGACCCAGCUGAACACCCUCGUUACCAUGCUGAUCGGGCAGCUCUCCAAGGGCGACAGACAGAAAAUCAUGACCAUUUGCACCAUUGAUGUGCACGCUCGGGACGUGGUGGCAAAGAUGAUAACACAGAAGGUGGACAAUGCCCAGGCCUUCAUUUGGCUGUCACAGCUCCGGCACAGAUGGUCAGAUGAGGAACGGCACUGCUUUGCCAACAUCUGUGACGCCCAGUUCCUGUACUCCUACGAAUACCUUGGCAAUACCCCUCGGCUUGUGAUCACUCCGCUGACCGACAGAUGUUACAUCACCCUGACCCAGUCACUGCACCUGACCAUGAGCGGAGCACCUGCAGGCCCUGCGGGCACUGGCAAGACGGAGACUACGAAAGACUUGGGGCGAGCCCUGGGCAUCAUGGUGUAUGUGUUUAACUGCUCCGAGCAGAUGGACUACAAGUCUUGUGGGAAUAUUUACAAAGGCCUUUCCCAGACAGGAGCCUGGGGCUGUUUUGAUGAAUUUAACAGGAUCUCAGUUGAGGUCCUUUCUGUGGUUGCUGUACAGGUGAAGAGUGUGCAGGAUGCAAUACGGGAGAAGAAGAAAUCCUUCAAUUUUCUUGGAGAAGACAUCAACUUAGUACCAUCAGUAGGCAUUUUCAUCACCAUGAACCCUGGUUACGCAGGGCGAACAGAGCUACCUGAGAAUUUAAAAGCUCUCUUCAGGCCAUGUGCGAUGGUUGUGCCAGACUUUGAGCUGAUCUGUGAAAUUAUGUUGGUGGCUGAGGGAUUCAUCGAGGCCCGGGCGUUAGCCAGGAAGUUCAUUACUCUGUACCAACUCUGCAAAGAGCUCCUGUCCAAGCAGGAUCACUAUGACUGGGGCUUGCGUGCCAUCAAGUCAGUGCUAGUUGUUGCUGGCUCCCUCAAGCGAGAUGACCCAGAGCGACCUGAAGAUCAGGUUCUGAUGCGCUCUCUUCGUGACUUCAACAUCCCCAAGAUUGUGACGGAUGAUGUGCCGGUGUUUAUGGGGCUGAUUGGGGAUCUUUUCCCUGCACUGGAUGUGCCUCGGAAGCGUGACCUGAAUUUUGAGUCGUUUGUGAGGCAGGCUGUGCUGGACCUCCGCCUGCAGGCUGAAGACAACUUUGUGCUCAAAGUGGUGCAGCUGGAGGAGCUGCUGACGGUCCGGCACUCUGUCUUCGUGGUGGGUAACGCAGGCACAGGCAAGUCUCAGGUGAUGAGAUCCCUGAACAAGACUUACCAGAUAAUGAAGCGACGUCCUGUCUGGACAGACCUCAACCCCAAGGCAGUCACCAACGAUGAGCUCUUUGGCAUCAUUAACCCAGCAACAAGAGAAUGGAAAGAUGGCCUGUUUUCAUCAAUCAUGCGAGAGCUGGCCAACAUCACGCAUGACGGUCCCAAGUGGAUGGUACUAGAUGGAGAUAUUGAUCCAAUGUGGAUUGAGUCUCUUAAUACUGUGAUGGAUGAUAAUAAGGUGCUGACCCUGGCAAGCAAUGAGAGAAUCCCUCUGAACCCAACGAUGCGGUUGGUGUUUGAGAUCAGCCACCUGCGCACAGCCACCCCAGCGACCGUGUCCCGAGCGGGGAUCCUGUACAUCAACCCAUCGGAUCUGGGCUGGAAUCCCCCAGUGAGCAGCUGGAUCGACAGGCGAGAGAUCCAGUCCGAAAGAGCCAACCUGACCAUUUUGUUUGACAAGUACCUGCCCAUUUGUCUGGACACCCUCAGAACAAGAUUUAAGAAGAUUAUUCCCAUUCCUGAACAGAGUAUGGUUCAGAUGUUGUGCUACCUCCUUGAAUGUCUCCUGGCAGAGGAGAACACACCUCCCGACUGUCCCAAGGAGCUUUAUGAACUUUACUUUGUCUUUGCUGCUGUCUGGGCCUUUGGUGGGUCAAUGUUUCGAGAUCAGCUUGUGGACUACAGAGUGGAGUUCAGCAAGUGGUGGGUGGCAGAAUUCAAGACUAUCAAGUUUCCCUCUCAGGGCACAGUCUUUGACUUUUACAUUGAUCCAGAAACGAAGAAGUUUGAGCCUUGGUCUAAACUUAUUCCUCAGUUUGAAUUUGAUCCAGAAAUGCCCUUACAGGCUUGCCUGGUGCCCACCACCGAGACGGUCCGUGUGCGGUACUUCAUGGACAGGCUCCUGGAGUGCCGGCGCCCCGUGAUGCUGGUGGGCAACGCCGGCACGGGGAAGUCUGUGCUGGUGGGGGACAAGCUCUCCUCGCUGGAUACAGACGCCUAUGUGGUGAAGAAGGUCCCGUUUAACUACUACACCACCUCUGCCAUGCUGCAAGGUAUGCUUGAGAAGCCUCUGGAGAAAAAGGCUGGUAGGAAUUAUGGCCCUCCGGGUACCAAGAAGCUCGUGUACUUCAUUGAUGAUCUCAACAUGCCCGAGGUGGACGCUUACGGGACAGUGCAGCCCCAUACGUUGAUCCGGCAGCACCUGGACUACGGCCACUGGUACGACCGGACCAAGCUGUCGCUGAAGGAGAUCACGAACGUGCAGUACGUGUCGUGCAUGAACCCGACGGCGGGGAGCUUCACCAUCAACCCCCGGCUGCAGCGUCACUUCUGUGUCUUCGCUCUGUCCAUCCCUGGGCAGGAUGCCUUGUCCAGGAUCUAUAGCACCAUUUUAACACAGCACCUGACAAGUGGGAAUUUCUCGGGGGCUGUGCAAAAAUCAGCUCAGCAGCUGAUUGCCCUUGCCCUGGGACUACACCAGAAAGUAGCCGCUACGUUCCUUCCAACAGCCAUCAAGUUCCACUACAUUUUCAACCUGAGAGACUUCUCCAAUAUCUUCCAAGGCCUUCUGUUCUCUACCCCGGAAUGUCUGCAGCACCCCCAAGACCUGGUGAAACUCUACCUGCACGAGUCAAACCGAGUCUACCGGGAUAAGAUGGUUGAAGAAAAGGAUUAUGGUACCUUUGAUAAAAUCCAGCUGGAGACGGUGAAGAAAUUAUAUGAUGACAUUGAGGAAACUUUAGAGCAGACCAAGCGAAUGAAUGUUUAUUGCCAUUUCGCUAAAGGCGUUGGCGAACCCAGCUACAGGCCAGUUCCGACCUGGGAGGAGCUGAACAAGAUCCUCGUGGAAGCCUUGGACAGCUACAACGAAGUCAACGCUGCCAUGAGCCUGGUGCUGUUUGAGGACGCCAUGUGCCACGUUUGCCGCAUCAACCGGAUCCUGGAGUCCCCCCGAGGGAACGCUCUCCUUGUCGGCGUGGGUGGAAGCGGGAAGCAGAGCCUGACCAGGCUGGCGGCCUUCAUCAGCUCCCUGGAGCUUUUCCAGAUCACACUGAGGAAAGGGUACGGGAUCCCUGACCUCAAGGCAGACCUGGCAAACCUGUACCUGAAAGCCGGUGUGAAGAACACAGGCACCGUGUUCCUGAUGACCGACGCGCAAGUGGCGGACGAGCAGUUCUUGGUGCUGGUGAAUGACUUCUUAGCAUCAGGUGAAAUCCCCGAUCUCUUCCCCGAUGACGAAGUAGAAAACAUAAUCAACAGCGUGAGGAAUGAAGUCAAAGGCCGGGGGCUGGUGGACUCCAGGGAGACUUGCUGGAAGUUUUUUAUAGAGCGUGUUCGACGACAGCUGAAGGUCGUGCUGUGUUUUUCGCCCGUGGGCAGCAAGCUGCGUGUCCGCAGCAGGAGGUUCCCUGCCAUUGUCAGCUGCACGGCCAUAGACUGGUUCCAGGAGUGGCCGCAGGAGGCACUCGAGUCCGUCAGCCUCCGCUUUCUGCAAGAAAUAGAGACCGUGGAGGAUUCAGUGAAAGAUUCAAUAAGCAAAUUCAUGGCCUAUGUCCACACAAGUGUCAACGAGAUCUCCCGAUUGUAUCUGAGCAAUGAGCGACGAUAUAACUACACCACUCCAAAGUCCUUCCUGGAGCAAAUCAAACUCUAUCAGAAUUUGCUACUGAAGAAGGGCAAGGAUUUAAAAGCAAGAAUGGAGCGGCUGGAGAAUGGCCUGGAGAAGCUCAAGAGCACAUCUGCACAGGUGGAUGAGCUGAAGGCCAGGCUGGCAGCCCAAGAACUGGAGCUGAAGCAGAAGAAUGAGGAUGCUGACAAGCUGAUCCAGGUGGUGGGAGUGGAGACGGAGAAAGUGAGCAGGGAAAAGGCAAUUGCUGAUGAGGAGGAGCAGAAAGUGGCACUUAUCACCCAGGAGGUCGAGCAGAAACAGAAGGACUGCGAGGAGGACCUGGCCAAAGCUGAGCCUGCCCUGGAGGCUGCCCAGGCUGCUCUGAACACCCUUAACAAGAAUAAUCUGACGGAGCUGAGGUCCUUUGGGUCACCGCCUUCAGCUGUCAGCAAUGUCACCGCAGCCGUGAUGGUGCUGAUGGCCCCGGGAGGAAAGAUUCCCAAGGACAGGAGCUGGAAAGCAGCCAAAGCUGCCAUGGCCAGGGUGGAUGGCUUCCUGGACUCCUUGAUCAAGUUUGACAAGGAGAACAUCCAUGAGAACUGCCUCAAAGCCCUUCAGCCAUAUUUACAGGAUCCCAAGUUUAAACCUGAAUUCGUGACCACCAAGUCCUCGGCGGCGGCCGGGCUCUGCUCCUGGGUGGUGAACAUAGUGCGGUUCCACGCCGUGUUCUGCGAGGUGCAGCCCAAGCGGCAGGCUCUGAGCAGGGCCAACACCGAGCUGGCGGCUGCCCAGGACAAGCUGGCCAGCAUCAAGGCCAAGAUUGCUCGCCUCAACGAGAACCUGAGGAAGCUCACAGCCAAGUUUGAGAAGGCCACUUCCGACAAACUCAAGUGUCAGCAAGAAGCCGAAGCGACAGCGUGUACCAUCGCUCUUGCGAAUCGACUGGUUGGAGGACUCGCCUCUGAGAAUGUGAGAUGGGCUGAAGCUGUGAAGAACUUCAAACAGCAACAGAGCACCUUGUGUGGAGACAUCUUGCUGAUUACAGCCUUCAUCUCCUACCUGGGAUACUUCACCAAGAAGUACCGUCAAGACCUCCUGGAUGGAAUCUGGAAACCAUAUUUGCAUCAGCUAAAAGUGCCAAUCCCUGUAACUCCGUCCCUCGAUCCCCUGACCAUGCUGACGGACGAUGCUGAUGUAGCGGCCUGGCAGAACGAGGGGCUGCCAGCUGAUCGAAUGUCCACUGAAAAUGCCACCAUCCUCACCAACUGCGAGCGCUGGCCCCUCAUGGUGGAUCCCCAGCUGCAGGGUAUCAAAUGGAUCAAAACAAAGUAUGGCGAAGACCUCCGGGUGAUCCGAAUUGGGCAGAAGGGGUAUUUGGACACGAUGGAACGAGCCCUGGCUGCAGGAGAACUGGUUUUGAUUGAAAACCUGGAGGAAUCCAUGGAUCCAGUUUUGGGGCCAUUACUAGGGCGAGAAACAAUCAAGAAAGGAAGGUACAUUAAGAUUGGGGACAAGGAGUGUGAUUUCAACCCCGCUUUCCGCCUCAUCCUCCACACGAAGCUGGCAAACCCCCAUUUCCAGCCCGAGCUGCAGGCGCAGUGCACCCUCAUCAACUUCACCGUCACGCGAGACGGGCUGGAGGACCAGCUGCUGGCGGCCGUGGUCAACAUGGAGAGGCCUGACUUGGAAGAGCUCAAGUCAAAUCUCACAAAGCAACAAAAUGGAUUCAAAAUCACCUUGAAAACGCUAGAGGACAACUUGCUCUCUCGGCUGUCAUCAGCGUCUGGGAACUUCCUGGGAGACGCAGCGUUGGUGGAGAACCUGGAGAUCACUAAACAGACAGCUGCAGAAAUCGAAGAGAAGGUCCAGGAGUCUAAGGUGACAGAAACCAAGAUUAAUGAGGCCAGAGAGCACUACAGACCGGCUGCUGCGCGGGCCUCUCUGCUGUACUUCAUCAUGAGCGACCUCCACACCAUCCACCCCAUGUACCAGUUCUCUCUGAAGGCGUUCAGCGUUGUGUUUCACAAAGCCAUUGAGAGGGCACCUCCUGACGAGAGCCUCCCCCAGCGCCUGCUGAACCUCAUCGACAGCAUCACCUUCUCCGUGUUCCAGUACACAACCCGGGGGCUGUUCGAGUGUGAUAAACUGACCUACACCGCUCAAGUUACCUUCCAGAUACUUCUGAUGAGUAAAGAAAUCAACACGGUAGAACUGGAUUUCCUACUAAGAUACCCAGCGCAGACCAGAGUCACAAGCCCUGUGGAGUUCCUGUCUAAUCACUCCUGGGGAGGAAUCAAGGCUCUGUCAUCCAUGGAGGAAUUCAGGAAUCUGGAUCGGGACAUCGAGGGGUCUGCAAAACGGUGGAAGAAAUUUGUGGAAUCUGAGUGUCCGGAAAAGGAGAAAUUCCCCCAGGAGUGGAAGAACAAGUCAGCCCUGCAGCGCCUGUGCAUCCUGAGAGCCGUCCGACCCGACCGCAUGAGCUACGCUGUCAGAGAUUUUGUGGAAGAGAAGCUCGGCAGUAAAUACGUGGUAGGGAGAUCCCUGGAUUUCGCAACGACUUUUGAGGAAUCAGGACCUGCAACCCCCGUGUUUUUUAUCCUGUCCCCAGGAGUUGACCCACUGAAGGAUGUGGAGAAACAAGGGAAGAAACUUGGUUAUACAUUUAACAACAGGAAUUUCCACAAUGUUUCCCUUGGACAAGGUCAAGAGGUGGUUGCUGAACAAGCUCUGGAUCUGGCUGCGAAGGAGGGUCACUGGGUCAUCCUUCAGAACAUCCACCUGGUGGCCAAGUGGCUGAGCUCCCUGGAGAAGAAGCUGGAGCAGCACAGUGAGGGCAGCCACCAGGAUUUCCGCGUCUUCAUCAGCGCGGAGCCGGCACCCUCCCCUGAGAGCCACAUCAUUCCCCAGGGCAUCCUGGAGAACUCCAUCAAAAUCACCAGCGAGGCCCCGACUGGGAUGCAUGCAAACCUGCACAAAGCCCUUGACAACUUCAAUCAGGACACCCUGGAGAUGUGCACCCGGGAAAACGAGUUCAAGAGCAUCCUCUUUGCCCUCUGCUAUUUCCAUGCCGCGGUGGCAGAAAGGCGCAAAUUUGGCCCCCAAGGCUGGAACCGUUCCUACCCCUUCAACACUGGCGACCUCACUAUCUCGGUGAACGUGCUGUAUAAUUACCUCGAGGCCAGCACAAAGGUCCCAUACGAUGAUUUACGCUACCUCUUUGGUGAGAUUAUGUAUGGAGGUCACAUUACAGAUGACUGGGACAGACGGCUUUGCAAAACCUACUUGGAAGAAUUUAUUAAGCCCGAAAUGCUGGAGGGAGAAUUCCUCCUUGCUCCAGGAUUCCCCCUCCCAGCGAACAUGGACUAUAAAGGCUAUCAUCAGUACAUAGAUGAUGCUCUGCCUCCAGAGUCUCCUUAUCUGUAUGGUCUCCAUCCCAAUGCUGAGAUUGGCUUCCUCACCCAGACCUCCGAGAAGCUCUUCCGCACCGUGCUGGAGAUGCAGCCCCGGGACACCAGCGUGGGUGAAGGAGGAGUGGGGACCAGGGACGAAACGGUGAAAGCUCUUCUGGAAGAGAUGUUAGAGAAGCUGAUGGAUGAGUUUAACAUCGCAGAACUGAUGGCAAAGGUGGAGGAGAGGACACCGUACGCCGUCGUUGCCUUCCAGGAAUGUGAGCGCAUGAACAUCCUCACCAGUGAAAUAAAGCGCUCUCUUAAGGAGCUGGACCUGGGGCUGAAGGCACUGGGAGAGGUUAAAGAUACACAAAGCAAAGACUGCUUUUGGGAACAGAGGCGGUUCUAUCCACCUGAUACUGCAGCACAGCAACAAUAGGUCACUCAGAAGUUGAGAGAUGGCCUAUUUAAAGGUGAGACAAAAAAUCACAUCUUUUCACAAAAUGCCCAGUUACUGGGGGAAACUUGUAACAAAGCGUCAUUAAAGGCAAAAGCUGAGUUGAAAUCAAAGGAAAGGUUGCUCAUGGGUAAGGACACAAAAUGUCCAGAGCUAUAAGAGAAAAGCCUAAAAAUUCAAAAGUUUUGGAAGAGAUACAGCUCCCCUUGCUGGGUAUGAGUCAUUUGCUAAUAGAAGAGGGUCAGGAGUGGACCUUCGCUACGGAGAUACUGUCCGUGAUUGCUCCACCCAGAGCUGCUUCUCUCUCCUAGUCAGAAACUGGACUCUGCUCCAGGAAGGUGUUGUGUGUGUCCCUCUGGGUGGUGGCUUUGACCAUGGCUUGUGGAGAACAGUGAGAAGCUCUGGGGCUGGCAGGACACACCAGGUAGCAUGUGAAUUUCUGGGUUCAGCAGCACGUGCUGGAGGGUUGUGCUUUGAGGCUGCAUCUGCUGCUAUGGGAACUCAUCUGCUGACUCCCCUCCCAGGCGGCUGGUGGGACAAAAUAUAAAAGGCUACCGACUGCCCCUUAGGGGAUAAACCAGCAGAGAUCACUGCGCGGAGUGAGGACCUGCCUGCCCAGCCCUGGUGUCCUGUGGCAACACUUCACCUUGUCAUCCUAAAAUAUGCUUCACCAUAGCCGAGUGCUGUCCAUCCCUUGGAAAGGCCUAGGCGUAGCAGGGGAACGCUGCCUGGAGCCUGCAGCACAAAGCUGGUGGCUUCAGUGCUACCUUGGUGCUUUCUCUGCAUCAUCGACUCAAAGUUGCUCACUGGAUGAUUUAGAAUCAUAGAAUCAUUUCUGUUGGAAGAGACCCUCAAGAUCAUCAAGUCCAGCCAUAACCUGACUCUGGCACUAACCCAUGUCCUUGAGACCCUCAUCUAUAUGCCUGUCCAACCCCUCCAGGGAUGGUGACUCCACCGCUGCCCUGGGCAGCCUGUUCCAAUGCUUCAUAACCCUUUCCGUGAAUAAAGGUUUCCUAAUAUCCAAUCUGAACCUUUCCUGGCACUACUUGAAGCCGUUUCCUCUUGUUCUAUCACUUGUUACUUGGGAGGAGAGACCAACACCCUCCAUGCUACAACCUCCUUUCAGGUAGUUUUUAUGGUGCGAGGCAGUAAGGAAGGACAUCAGUCGCUGGGCAUUCCCUGUCCCAUCAUUUCCUGAAUGACGAAUUGUCAUCCAAUUUCACCAAAACGCUCAGCUUGCAGAAAUACUUUGCCUGGCAUGAGAACCGUUGGACUUGAACGAACUGCAGCUACUUCGUGUGACCCCGUUAGCAGAAAGGGCUGACAGGGGAGCCAGCAGGACCUGUCUGGAGACCGAAUGACAAUCCCGGCCUCUCCUGAGGGCAGCUUCAAAGAGAGAUCUUCGCGGGACAUGUCUGAGCAUGUACGCAGAGCGGUGCUAGGGGUGGCUCUGGGGUUUUUGGCAGCUGCAGCUCUGCAGGGGCAGAACUAGGCUGCUCCUAAAUCCCAGCUGUGCACUGGGAACCAGCAGCCUGGGUCCGUGCUGCCUCAGACCCUUCUGCAUUGAGCUCCCUGCUGAUGCUUAUUGUCUUGAUUAAAGACAUACACAUAUCAUAUCCACUUCAUGGUGGCCCAGUAUGUACAAUCAGUUUUAAAUCAGGCUGAUAUUUAUGUAGUCAAUUAUUAUGAAUGGAUUUCCUUUAUUUUCUAGCAGAAGGUGGAAUUGAAAAUUCUGUUUCCCGAAACAGGUAAACGGAAGUGAUUUAAUGUUUCAGUCCUGGAGCACCAAACAAGAUAUAAUUGUAACUGGGACAAUAUGUAGCAAUUAGAUUUGAUGUGGAGAAGAAUAAGCUAUUUAAUAUUGGGAGGGGGAAUGAGUGGAUACAUGGGCUUAAAUAAACCCCAGACAAAAUGACAGAGUUUUCACAUUCCUCCCCAACACCCUGCCACAAAUCAUGGCAAAGCAGUGAGAUGGUAUGUGCAGAAAAGGCACCUCUGACAACUGCACAGGUUUGUCGCCACAGCACCGGCGCUGCGGUGCAGAGACAGCACAGGGCCAGGACUAGGGGACUGUUGAAGAGCAGGUGAGCUGCAGUAUCUGUUUGUGUUAGCAUUUCUCCUUCUAGUGUGUGCUGAGGAGGUUCGUUUGAAGGGUCUGACACCCCGGCAGUGGGCAACUCUGUUGCUGCAAGCAGAGGUUGUGUGUGGGUCCCUGCAGAGCUGGGUGAGAUGUUGUUCACAACCAGUGUCGCUGCUCAGCGUCCCCCAUGGGCCCUCCCUGUGCCUUGGGGACCGCAGGAGGGCCGGGGGACGCUUGGCCAUGCUGUUGGCUCUUUUUGUCGUCAGUGCUGCUUGUCCCAGCGUGACAGCUGGGUCUCACACUCAGUUUGGGAGGGAAAUCAUUCUUUAAUUGUUCCUUCUGAGAGCAGCUCCUAGGAAAGCUGUUAAUGCGCGUUAAUCUCUGGGCUCGGGGAUCUUUACUGACAGCGCUCAGAGGAGGAGAGUUUAUAUAACAGGAACCACAGAUCUCAGUAGAGAAUAAAUAAAACACAGAGGAAGCAAGUCUUAUUGUUUUUAACUGACUAUCUGCUCAAAGAAGGCGAUUUGGAAAUGUCACGCCUAAUUUGAAUUUUUGAAUAAUUCAUUGUGUCUGUGUAGCGGAAAGUGAUUGUUUGGUCCAAAAAUAGGAGACAUCCCGUUAAGAGGAAGAGAAAUUGCAAUAGACUGGUAGCCAUCAAAAAUAACUGGCAUGUUGCAUUUCAAAGCCCUUUGUUCUGGGUGACUUUGGUGAGACCAGAGGCUGGGCUCAAACACUUGCAUGUUAAUGUUGUACCCUGCGUCAUUUUUCCCAGCAGAUUUUCUAUUUUGCAGCUUCAGUGAAGGGUAAGACUCCAAAAUGAGGAUAAUAAAUAUUAUAAAAGAAUAAAGUAAGACCAAAUUUUGUAAGGCUAUCUGAGUAUUUCACUGUAUCAAGUGAAAAUAACCUUAACUGAGCAAACCAUUUGUGACAACAGUCUGCUCAUCUUGAGGGAAUGUCUGCAGGCUGAUUGGGGUUUCCUUCAACGGUGUCUUUAAUGAAAAUUACUUCCAGCAUUUUGAAAAAAGAAAGAGAAAAAGUAACUUGAAUCAUUCUGGAUGUACUUUAGUAUUCAGCAUCUCAAAUGCGUAUUUAUGCAUAAUUUUGUUUGGACAACUACUUGAGAUGGCUGUUAGGGAUGCUGUGAACCCUCACAGGAGAUUCCAACACGUAUAUUUGAGUGUGCGGGCUUUAAAAAUUGCUUUUCUUAAGCCUUCCUGAGAUUUACAUUUGCUAAUUCAUUUGUUUCCUGGAAAUAAAACCAGACAGGAUAUAUGAUCAUGAGAGUUACGUCUUUAAAUCAAUUUGACUGCUCGCACACAUUUUGCAAUCUUUUCACUCACUUUCAACCCUUUCCCAGUGUGCAAACCCCUUCGGUGUUGCUGAUAGAAGGCCCCGUGUUCUCAGCAUCCUGCUGUGGCCAGUGCAGGACUCGGCCCCUCGGAGGUUUGUUUGCCACACGCCGUCACACCAGCACUUCAGUUGAAGUUAUUCAAUAGAAAGCUGCGGCAACUGCCCCUGACGAGGUCAAAUCAGCAGCCUUGGGCAGCUCAUAGAACCUCUGAUGAGACAACGACAUGGUUUUCUGUUGUGUGAGCUUUAAAUGUGGGUCAGUACAUUGUCUUAAAGCGUGUUAUAGAUAAAGCGAAACAGCCUAAGAAGAAAC